UUUCCCGGCGCUCCGCGGCUCCGCUUUCCGAGCCGCUGAAUCGUUGCAAAGGCGGCGAGGCCGGUUGCUCAUUGGCGAGCUCCGGGGGGCGCAAGCCCGGUCAGCGCCGCCUCUGCCCCUUUCCGCGGGCGGGGCGGCCGGGGCUGAGAAAGGCAUCCGGAGCCGUCGGGCGACCUUCUCGCUUCUCUCUGGCGCUGGUUCGGGGACCAUGCACCGCUUGUCGGGACUGACCAGGGAAGCGGCUGCCGCCGCCGCCGCCACCGCCACUCCCCCUCGCCUCCCGGGCUGCCUCCCCGAGCGGAGAGCGGAGGCCGUGCGCUUCGUCGCCUGGCUGGCCGGCGGCAGAGAGCCGCGGCGCCGGCGGCCGCCCGGUGCCCCGCGGAGCGUCGUCCAGCCGCUGGGGACGGAGCGCGCAGCAGGGCUGGGGCUGGCCGGCUGGAGCAGCGCCGCCGAGGCCUCCGCGCUGCAGCUGAAAGAGAAGCCGCCUCGCGAGAAGAUCCUCACGUUGGCGUCCAUGAACCCGCAGGUCAAGGCGGUGGAGUACGCCGUGCGGGGGCCCAUCGUCUUGAAAGCGGGCGAGAUCGAGAUGGAGCUGCGGAAGGUAGCCGGGGGCGGGGGCGGAGCGGGCUCGAAUUAGGGUGGUUUGGGGUUCGCGCGAGGCUCCCGCGAGCUCCGAGCCCCGACCGCCCCGCUCACACGAGACGCGAGUCCGCC